CGCGUAUCGUUUGUUGACGCACUUCCUGAUUUGAUCGCCCCGGAUUUGGGUGCACUUAUAUGGGUCGGUUGCUUGUAUAGGGAGUACCGGACAUUGUCUGCAUUAUAUGUGCCGAGACCACGAUUAACGCCACCCACCUCGACGCAAUGGCUGUUCGAAACACCGCCGAAGAAAUGGAGCGACUCCAGCUUUCAGACGAAGACACGGAAGAUCUCUGGAACUCCCCAUCAAAGCGAGCAUCACAUAAACGAGUCCAACCUCGAAUGUCCGAUGAGAUGCCUGCACCGGAGCCUCAACAAGCCCAUGAGGGGGGCGACACUCUUUUUGAUCGCCAAGAGGCCCGCGAGGCAGCCUUACAGCAUGAGCUACAUGCCGUGCGGAACAUCAAUGAGGUCAUUGAAGGCCUGCUCAACAGCAUUGACAAGGCGAAGGGUAACAUGGAGACCGUGUCGAAGACAGUCGCAUCUGCAUCGACACUUCUAAACACUUGGACCCGAAUCCUGUCCCAAACCGAGCAUAAUCAGCGCCUCAUCCUAAAUCCAAACUGGCAAGGUGCCACACAAGACGUCGCCGACAUGGAGAACGAGGCGAUUCAGAGACAGCAAGCGGCCGAGCGGCGUGAGCAAGCACUUCAGCAGCAGCGGGAAGCAGCACUUCGAAAGGCCGAGGAGGAAGAAAGGCGACGGAUUGCCACUGGUCGUGGAGGUCGUGGUACUAGUCGUGGCACGGUGCGCAGUACUGGACUGGGCAGGACUCCGAGUGUGAGCACCAGCCGCACAGCAGCUACGAGAGGGUCAUCCACUACAACCACUCGACGACCGGCCAGUGGGAUCGCACGUGGAAGUGGGAUUGCACGAGGCCGGGGCAAGGCUUGAAUUCAUGAGAUCUCUAUGUAUGAUACUCUUUUCACUUUGGAGAAUAGAAACACCACGCGCCCAAUGAAGAUGAUACCCAAAU